UUGUUGCAGGACCCUCCGUGGGUGAUGUCACGUGAUCGGCUACCUCUCAUUGGUUCUUCUGGGAGUAAAACAACAGCCCUCCAGCGCCCCCAUCAGACCAGCAACCGAAAACGCAGCCAGCAGCAGACAUCAACCUCCACCUCUUACCCUCAUCCGGGACCUGCCUCAAUCUUCCUCUCAGACUCCACCAUGACACCUUGGGGAGGGCUGGCCUUGUCAGAAUCCUCCUUUACAUCCAUCCCCCAACCUCCGCCUCCACGGCCUCCUCCAUCUCUACCCCCUCCUGCUCCUCAGCCAACGCCUUCAAGCCCAUAUCGACGCAGACAGAACGAAGAGGUUUCAGGUUCCAGUUUCAACUCUGAAGUUCCGUCUCCGCCUGUUGUGGUCCCUCAGAACCACACAGGUGGAGGGGUGAGAGGGUUCCGGCAAAGGCGGAAGAUUCUGCCCCAGCGUCGGGUGCCCCGUCCUCCCCGUCUCCCACCGCUGCAUCCCGUCACCAACCUGAGCUUCUCACGCAGCUUCACCUUCUCUUUCUUUGAGCUGCCGCUGCACCAGUCACCUCGCCAUCGGGCCGAGCGCAUCAGAAACCUCAUGCUGCUUUUGAAACAGAUACAUUUCUGAAGAAUCACUUCUUCAAAACAAAUGUUCCUUGAUUUUGUUGUCCUUUUAUAUUCUAAUGAAGUCUGCUUUUUCUAAAACAUAUGCUAAUCUUUUAAGUGCUACGUUUUAAAUGUAUCUUCGUUAUUUGUUUCCAUCAAAUGUAAUACAGUCUGGAAAGUUUCUGUAUUUUCUGUAAAGAAUGGGAGCUCCUUGGGGAUCUUCACAAUUUUCAGUAAUAUUUUGAAUUCCCACUUUGGUUUUCAACUUUGAAAGGAAAAUCUCCCCUUUCUAUAUCCUAUAUGACCUCUAAACUCAAACUUUGGGCAGUGUUUUGACUUUUUUUGACUUUCAAUUUCUCUUAAUUCUUUCUUUCUUUCUUUCCUUUUUUUUUAUAAUCCUGGGAUCAAACAUUCAUUAUGCCAUUGUUGGUGACUCACAUUCAUCUCUGUUUCCCUACUGUGUUGGGUUUAAAGGACAAUAAAAACCAGUACAGUGAGAUUAAAGGGCACUUUUUUUUCAUUAUCUCUCUCUCGUCUCUUCUUGUCUACAUUUAUGAGGCAAUCUUCAUUCCCCUCAUGUAAGUCUUUCAAUUAAUUUCCCAUUUUCUCUUUCUAGCGGCUUUCAAAAAAUUAACCGUUCUAUGAAGUGGAAUACAUUAAAAUUGAUUAAAACAGAGAAAACAUUUCACUUCCUCAUUAACUCUCCCACUCUCGCCCACUUUCUCUCUGCCUCACUCUUUUAAACACACACUACAGUCACACACACACAUUCGGUCCAUGAGUUGCUGAAAGCUGAGCUGUGAUAAUGGGGGCAUUCAGACGCACUGAAUGGGGAAGGGGGGAGAGGGGAGGGGAGAAAAGGGGCACUAAACUCUGUGUGCAGGGUUCAAGGCUGUUCUCUACCUUCCCUGACUCACGUGUGAGAGUUUGUAGAGCCGUGCCUGUGUGUUAUCCUCUUACACGCACGCCGGGCGCACAUGUGAACUCUUUGUUCUCAUGCGGCUUUGAGCUGAUACAGAGUCAGUCGGCACCUCUGUCUCUCACUCUGCUUUGGUUUGUUUUGGUUAACUUCACUGUUACAAUCUAACUGUGUCUUUCUCAUGUAACUUUAUACAUGUUUCACACACAUGAAGGAAAAACACACGAGACACAUUAACCACCCUCAGUACUGACAGGAUUAGAAAGUGAAACCUCACUGCUCUGCCAGUAAUCUUUGACAUUGAUUUCAGAUGGACAGCGCUGAGCAAAAUGGCCUUCCUCCCAACAUGCAGCCUCAUCUGGCCGUCGGCCUGGACGAAACACAGCUGGAUGUCCUUGGGGAGCGGGUAGGAAAGGAGCCCCUGACAGUUUUGGAGAGAGUGAAGGCACAGUGUUGGUGUUCUGGUCCCAGGUUGAAGAGCUUACUGCUGGGCUUUUUCCCUAUGCUGUCAUGGCUUCCUCGCUACUCCAUCAAAGAAAAUGCUAUUGGAGACCUGGUGUCUGGAAUCAGCGUUGGGGUCAUGCAUCUACCACAGGGUAUGGCCAACGCCAUGUUGGUAGGAGUUCCUCCAGUGUUUGGUCUCUACACCUCCCUCUAUCCUGUGAUCAUCUACUUCAUCUUCGGCACUUCCAAACACCUCUCCAUGGGUACUUUUGCUUUACUAGCCAUCAUGCUUGGGUCAGUGACAGCCAAUGUGGAGUUGCUAAGCAACGGUUCUGAAGAGAGUAAGAUUGAUGUGGAAGCAGCCAAAAUCAACAUGGCUGUCCAAAUCACCUUCCUUUGUGGCCUUAUUCAGCUCCUGUUGUACCUGCUGCAAGGAGGCGGCGUGUGUCGCUGGUUGUCUGAUGCUGUAAUCAGAGGAUACACCACAGCAGCAGCUCUGCAUGUCAUCGUCCUGCAACUGCCGCUGAUGACUGGAAUAGCUGCUCAGAGUUACACUGGACUGCUGGCUUCAGCUUGGACUCUAAAGGAUGUUCUGCUUGGAGUAACCUCUGCUGUACCCGGCGCCCUGUCAGUCUCUGUGGUUUCCAUGGUGAUACUCAUCGGAGGCAAGAUGCUGAAUGAGCGUUUUAAAAACAAGAUUCCUAUUGCCAUACCGUGGGAACUUAUACUGAUUGUCCUGGGCACCAUCCUGUCUGUGCAGAUGGAUCUGUCAGGACAGCACAGAGUCCAGGUGGUGGGACACAUACCCAGUGGCCUGUCUCCUCCAGUCAUUCCCUCUCUCUCUCAGGUCAGAGAGCUGUUUAUUCCAGCUCUAUGUGCUGCUCUGGUUGGCUUCAGUUUCCUCUCGGCGAUGGGCUCAGUGUUCGCCCGCAAACACAGCAGUCACGUGGACCCCAGUCAGGACCUGCUGGCUCUGGGUUUGUGUAACACCAUAGGAGCGAUGUUCCAGUGCUUCGCUGUCAGCUGCUCCUUCUCUCGCAGCAUAGUCCAGGAUAGUAUUGGUGUCAAAUCACAGAUGGCAGGAUUGGUAUCAGCUUUGGUGAUUUUAACCAUUUUGCUGAAGAUCGGUCACCUCUUUGAGCAGCUGCCAAAGGCAGUGUUGGCAGUGAUCAUCACGGUGAACCUGCAGGGGAUGCUGGCUCAGUUCAAAGAUGUGUGUGUGCUCUGGAAGGCUGACAGAUUAGACCUGCUGGUGUGGACGGCAUCACUGCUCUCCACGCUGGUCUUUAACCUGGACUUGGGUCUGGCUGUGGCUGUCGUCUUCUCUCUACUCACACUCAUCUACAGGACACAACACUCCUCCUCUGUGGUGUUGGGUCAUAUUCCUGGUACUGACUGUUACAGAGAUAUGGGGCUGUACACCCAGGCACAAAAGGUUCCUGGUGUGACGAUACUCUCCUGUUCCAGCCCAAUUUACUUUGCCAACUCUGAAGUGGUCUUCACAGAGAUCAGACAGGCGGUGAGUCGUGGUCAGAAGGAGAACCCAGCAGGAGUCCACAGGGCUGGUUUGUCCUCCUCCCCCUCCUCGUCCUCGUCCCAGAUGUGGACAGACACUCAUUGUUUGGUGCUUGAUCUCAGCUCGGUUAACUUUAUGGACUCAACUGCUAUGAAAUCAUUUUGCAAGGUUAUAGAAGACUUGGAGGUCCACGGUGUCAGUGUGUUCCUCGCUACAUGUCCAGAGAACAUUUCCUCCCAGCUCCAGACUCAGGUUUGUAUACCGGACGUCCUGCCUGGCUCUCGUCUCUUCCCAUCAGUCCAUCACGCCGUCCAGCGCUGCCUCAGCAUGAUGCUCACGCCUCUACAGGAAAUCAACUCAGAUGAAAGUCGAUGUUGAACCUACAACAUGAAUGCUACUUUUACACAUUACUAACAGGACAGUUCAGUGAUCUCUUUGAUACAAAGGAUGUUGAGACAUCAUAAAAGAUCAUUUCUAACUAUUUUUAUUUAGAUAAAAGUAAUUUACAGCUUAACAGUUUGUACAGUUUAUGUCUUUACUAGUCACAUAUUUUGAGAAAAUAAACGUUAUUUUCCCUAACUAAA